GAAUAUUUUCAUUUUGGUAUUUAAUUAAAAACUGUCUCUUUUUUAUGUAUUUUUGGAAGUUAAGAGUGAUUGUAGGUAUUUGAUGAAUAAAUACUUAUAUUUUUUAAAUUCACAUUUAACAACAUCAUAUAAUUUUUAAAUAAAAGAAUGGCGGCAGAUGAAUUAAUGCUCUUAGAGCGAGUAUUUCUUCGUUUGGGUUCUGCGGAAACUGAUGAACAAUUACAAAAUAUUUUGUGUAAAUUUUUACCUCCUGUACUUCUAAAAUUAUCCUCGCAGCAAGAGGGAGUUCGAAAGAAGGUUAUGGAGUUAUUGAUCCAUGUUAAUAGAAGAAUCAAAACUAGACCUCAAGUCCAGUUACCAGUUGAAGCUUUGUUAACGCAAUAUCAAGAUCCAGCAGCUACUUCUUUUGUAACUAAUUUUACAAUUAUAUAUCUAAAAGCUGGAUACCCACGAUUACCAGCUGAAAAGCAAGCCGAAUUGGUUCCCAUUGUACUUAAUGCUUUAGAAAACAAGCCUCAAUCGCAUAUCGACAGUUUACUUCUGCUCAUUAUUCCCAUUCUUGGAAAAGUUAAAGUUCCUACUGAACCGGAAAAAAUUGUGCAUUUGUUUGGCUUAAACGAAAAGCCACAGAUAAGGAAACAUUUGCUUGAUAUUUUGUUGGACAUGAUAUUGUUGCCAUACAGUGCAUUAACUCCACAAAGUGACAAUGAAAAUCAAAGUAACAACGUGUCGCUACCUGUUCCACCAUGUAUGAGUGAAGUAUCUUAUAAAAGGAUUAUCAGUAAUAAUCCUAUGAAACCGGAGGAACUUGAAGAGAUAAAAUUAGGAGUGGUCAAAUUUUUGGCUCAUGGAGUUUUUACCAGUGAAGAAAUGUUGCCACAUUUGGUGGUUGCAGCAUCUGACACCAGAUUUGGUGUUGCAAAUUUGGCUGAUACUGAAUUAAAGAGAGUUAUAGGGUCCGUUGACUGGUCAUCAUCUCAAACAUCUUUACCUUUGUAUAACUUAUAUUUGGGAAGUCAAGGAAAAUCUGUUAAACCAGAACAGAAGAAAACGCCUGCAAAUACGAGAAUUCGUCUAAAGUUAUUGACGUCGCUUUGUAGAGUUUCAGAUUCAGGUUUUGCUUUUCCUCAAAGCAUACAGAUUAUUUUCGAUUCCCUCUACGGGGUCAAUACUAAUACAAAAUUGAAAACAUUGGCUCUUAAUUUCAUUGGAAAUAUCAUACGGACCGGUUCUGAAGACCCUUUAAGCAAAGUAGCUCCGGUUCUUUUAUCAGGUUUGCAAAAACUCAUCAAAGAAGGUGAAGAAGUCCUUCAUGGUCAAACUUACACGACCAUUGGCAUGUUGGCACAACGUUUCCCAAAAAUCAUUUACCAUGAUGUCGGUUUAAUGGAAACAUUUUUCACCAAUAUGGAAUCAGCAAAUCCCGAACUCCGUCUGCAGAUCAGAGAGGGCGUUUUGAAUUUGAUCAUAGCUUACAAAUACGACAAUUUGCCGGAAGAGUGCGACAAGGACGGUAGGUUAAAUAUUUUGUUUUUGUUGAUCAAAUGCAAAAUCCUUUCUGAUGAACCAAUGGUCAGGUUUGCUGCUGUCAGGACCUUGGCUACAAUUUUUCCUCCGGAUCAUGUGCCAUCGAAGUAUUUGCUUUUAAUAGCUACUGGAGACAAUAAAGAUGAAGUUUCUGCAGAAGCUUUUAAAUCCCUUUAUGGCACAACCAGAAAAAAUGAUGUUGAUUUAGCUAAAGAAUCUAUAAAAGAUAAAAUAAUAAUGCCUACAUUUGAGGAGAUUAUCCAUUAUGUGGCAAGCGAAGCUCAAUCUACCAUGAAGGCCAAAACUAAAUGUUUUUCUGUUGGAAAUCAUAUGUUACCAUUUAGUGUAAAAACUUAUACUGAGAUUUUGGUGUAUUUAAGACUAUGUCUAGUAAAAGAUUUAGAUGUGCCUCUCACAAGGGAGAUACUAAAACAUCCUUGUGAACAUACACCAAAAAUAGCAACACAUCUACAAGCAAAACUGAAUUCAAGUGGGGUUAAGUUGGAAGAUAACCCUUUAAUUCAAUAUGUCAACUUAAUUAGAGACCUCAUGGUCGCCAAUCCGGCUCCCGAACCGUUAUGUUGCAUGGUGGAACUAAUAGGGUGCCUGCCAACUCUUCACGAGCAUGUUUUAAAAAAUCUUCAAUGGUCAAAAGAUCAAUUGUCAAACACUAAAGAAGAGGUUAGAGAAUGUAGUUCCUUACUUUACGCCAUUAUUUUGACCUUAUCUGCAAACAACGGCGAUUUUAUUACAGCUGUCAAAAAUUUGACAACUCAAUCUAACGGAAAAAAUUUAGAGGCUCAACAUGGAGCUCUACUCGCUAUCGGUCGGUGUUUGGAAAUGAAAAUUGAAAGUAGUAAAAAGGAAAAAGAUUCCACCUAUUUGGAUAUUACUAAAUCUAGCAUUGAAAGUUUAGUUCCAUUUUUAAAACAUCAGAGCCCACUCUUAGUAAGUGCGGCGUGUACCAGUAUCGGUUUGAUAGGUAGGGCCGGUGAAUUGCCAUUAGAAGAUGGAAAGCCCAUGAAAAAUGGCAGUCCAGAUCCGAAAAGAAUGGCAAUUGAUACAGUUAGCAAAAUGGAUCUUGUUAACCAGUUAUUAGACGUUAUGAACAAUUCCAAAUUGUCGCCGAAGGUUCGAGAAAAAUCUGCUAGAAGUUUAGGAUUGUUGUGCGUUGGUGGGCAGUUCCCACAUUCAAGGGAAGUUUUGCAAGGAUUGUUGAAUACUGCAAAGGAGACAAAAGAUAUUGAAGUUCACUUCACCAUUGGAGAAUCUCUAGUGAUGUGCUGCCAAGGUGUCUGGUCGCCAGAAGCAAGAAACCCUUGGACCACUCUUCCAAAAGAUUACGUACCUCUUGUAAGCAAACCUCAAGCAGAUGACAGCUUAGAAUGGCUUCUUGGAGAACUUCUAAGCUUGGCUAACACGACCCACCCUAACUCGAAGCAAGCUUCCAGUAUUUGGUUACUGGCCGUCAUCAAAUAUUGUGGAGAAAGAGAACCAAUUACCAAAAGAUUGAGACAGUUACAGAAUGUUUUUAUGGAGUUCUUAAGCGAGAAUAAUGAUAUCAUACAAGAUGUGGCAUCUAAAGGUUUAUGUGUAGUAUAUGAUACAUACAAGUCUGAGGAAUUGUUGGAAGCUUUAGUAAAACAACUGACCUCUGGUACUCGUCAAGUAACACAAGUUACUCAAGAUACAAAAUUAUUUGAAGAAGGCCAGUUGGGAAAGUCACCUACAGGAGGAAACCUGACAACCUACAAAGAACUCUGUUCUUUGGCAUCAGAUCUAAAUAAGCCAGACUUAAUUUACCAAUUCAUGCAAUUGGCAAAUCACAAUGCAAUGUGGAACUCCAAAAAAGGUGCUGCUUUCGGUUUCUCCACCAUUGCAGAAAGAUGUGGACAAGAUCUGAAAGCGUACCUCCCAACGAUUAUACCGAAGUUGUAUAGAUAUCAAUAUGAUCCAACGCCUAAUAUACAGAAUUCCAUGCAUAACAUUUGGAGGGUUUUGGUCCCAGAGCCAGGAAAAAUAUUAGAUGAAUACUAUGACGAAAUUCUGGCAGAUAUUUUGGCAAAUAUUAACUCGAGUCAAUACAGGGUAAGACAGUCGUGUUGUUUAGCGUUACAAGACUUUUUGAAGGGCUCUGCUAAUCGGUCUAUUCACGAUGCUAUAAAUUCUAUGGAUGAAUUGUGGACAAAAUUGUUUAGAGUUAUGGAUGAUCAUCACGAACAGACCAGGAUAACUGCUACCAGAACGACCAGAAUCUUAAGUAAAUUAUGUAUACGAGGUUGCGACAUUAGCCAGGGAAAGGCGGGUGUCAAAAUGGUUGAGGCGGUAUUACCUGUUUUGCUCAACACUGGUAUAACGAAUUCAGUUGCAGAAAUACGUCUUAUCAGCUUACAAACCGUUUCCGAAUUAGUAACAUCAGCCGGUCCGCAACUGAAACCGUUUUUGCCUAAAUUAAUCCCAGCCUUGCUUCAAGCGACCGGGGAAAUGGAGUCAACGAAAUUAUCGUAUUUAAGUACUAGGUUAGGGGCCCAAAGUGAAGCUCAAGAAGCCGUGGAUAGCGCUAGGGCUUCCAUAGCUAAGUCACAUUUCACCACGGAAACUGUAACAAAGAGUUUGCAAUAUGCAGAUGCGACCAUACUCGAAGAAUUGGUGCCGAAAAUCAUUGAAUUGAUGAAGGGUACCGUUGGCUUGGGUACAAGAAUAGCUUGCGCUCAUUUUAUAACGCUUCUAGUCGUUCAAAUGGGUCAAGAUGUUCAACCUUAUACAGGAAAAUUUUUGGCUGUGCUUGUUAAUGGAUUGACAGACAGAAAUUCUGCUAUUAGAAAACAUAAUGCAACUGCCAUAGGCCAUUUAGUUGCUACUGCUAAAGAUUCUAGUCUAGAAAAACUGAUGGUCAAGUUGCAGAAUUGGUAUUUCGAAAGAGAAGAUGAUACGAUGAGAUCCGCUUGCGCACAAACCAUUCAAGCCAUCGGGAUUCACAAUCAAGAAGUCUUAAAAAGUCACGCGGAUGUGGUUCUGCCACUGGUGUUCUUUGCAAUGCAUGCGGAUAAAACGCCAGAAACUGAAAGGACUCUGGAAACUUGGAACGAAAUCUGGUCCGAGCAAAGCCCCGGUACCGAAACUGGUAUCAGACAAAAUUUGAAAAAUAUCUGCGAUAUUCUUAAGACUGGUCUAGAAUCUCCUUCGUGGACAAUGAAAGCACAGGCUGCAAAUGGUGUUUCCACUGUCGCCAACAAACUCGGCAGUUCCAUGGAUGUCAACCAUAGAAAUUCCUUGAUUAGUAUCUUACUGACUGGACUAUCUGGUAGAACCUGGAACGGCAAAGAUAAACUUCUCAAAGCAUUGGCUAGCAUUUGCAGUAGCUGCAAAGACGCCAUAAAAGAUGAUCCAGACGUAAACAUCUCGAAAAUAGUAGAAACGGUAUUAAAAGAAAGCAACAAAGAAGAAGUGGUAUACAAAAUCAGCGCAUUGCAAGCUUUAGGCGAGAUAGUUUCCUCACUGGAAAUCGACAAAUUUAAAGAAAUUUACGAUAUCAUCCAAAUCAUCAUAACGGAUAAGACAAGCAAAGAAGACACUGAAGAUAUAUCGACCGAAGAAAUUAGCAAAAACAGAGAAAACCACAUUAAAUUGAAAGAAAUCGCUUACGAGACUUUAGGAAAAGCCUGGCCUUCCAACAGCAAAACUACACAAGAAAAAUACAGGGAAUUAUUCGUAGAACAUACUGUACAAUGCUUACCGACAGUGACCAGAUCCAUUCAAGUCAGCGUUGUAUCAGCAUUGUAUGCUUUUGUCGAUAAACUAACGCUUCUUAACGAGGAUAAUUUGACUGAUGACGAAGAGAAGAGCUUGGAGAAAAUUGUCGAUAACAUUCUGAAAGCCGUUAAGUAUUCUUUGAGUAUCGGGAAGCAUACGAGAUUAAGGAAGGAAGCAUUGAAUGUCGUGUUUUGUUUGGGGACGAAAUUGAAGGAGAAGAAGAGAGAACGGGAUUUCGAAAGUUUGGCUAAGAUGUUCAAUGGUGCUUUGGCGGAUAUCGCUAAUGACACACAACCGGAGAUUAAA